UAUUCCAGAAAGCUUGGUUAACUUACCAUUUGAUAAACUAUAACCUCUGGGUUGAUUUACCCCAAACAGGCAUACCAUGAGUAUGUCGGUUCCAAAACACCUGAGAAGAGUUAGCUUAAUCAACCUCUGACUGGUUACCCAGAGUUAAUGCGCGUGCACGGUGCAUGUAUAAAGACAUUUUCAAUGGAUCGCCGAUUUCACGAGUCACCAUGGAAACUCAAAGCGAAAAAAAGAGAGCCGCGUAUUUCACAGAGGCGGAGUUGGAAGUUUUAAUGCAUGCUUAUGAGGAGUUUAAGCCAAUAAUAUUAAAAAGAAGCAAUACAGCUGCAUCGGCUAAAGCAAGAGAGUUGGCUUGGCAAAAAAUAACGGACAGAGUAAAUGCGUGUAAUCCUUCUGGAGCCACAAGAACUUUAAGCCAAGUCAAAAUGAAACACAAAAACAUUCUGCAAAAAGCUAACAGAAAAAAGACUGAAGCCCGUCUAACUGGCGGGGGGCCACCACCACCUCCCCUCACCCCAUCUGAGGAGCUGGCUCUGUCCCUUAAUAAAGGGCGACCAGUGGUUGCUGGCAUUCCAGGGGGCAGUUCAUCACACAUACUAUGCACCACAAGUGAUGGUGAAAAAAGGGUGAAAUAUACUGAUGGACGGAUUGUAUUAUUGGACUCUCCAGAAAGAACACAGUCUGUCACAGUUGAUGAAGAUGAUGAUGACGAUGAAGAGACCACAUCUGCUGUGACAGAAGUGGACAAUGCUGGUAGAUCCACUGAGUACAUACCUAGGGAUUUGCCCACAGAUGAGGGUCCUUCAGCCUCAGCACACAAUCUAAGCAGGGAAAUGAAGAAAUAAACUGCCUGGCAGAC